CAUCUAUAUAUGUAUAUCAUUAUAGUUGUUUAAAACUUCGCUGGUGAAAAGACUAGCAAGAAAAUAGAAGUUGUGAGUUUAGAAGCUACUGCAAAUUACAAAAAAAAAAAUGGAGAGUCUGAUGAUGAUGGAAACGGCCAAGACCAUUUGGUGGAUAAUAGUUAUAGGAGUGCUAGGUUUAGGGUUUCGUAUAUACGGCAAAGCCAUGACGGAGCAAUGGAGGAUGCGGAGGAGGCUGACGAUGCAAGGUGUGAAGGGUCCUCCGCCGUCGCUAUUUCGCGGAAACGUGCCGGAGAUGCAAAGAAUUGAAUCACAAACAAUGAUCAAUAAACACUACUCUGGUGAUAAUAUCAUCGCACAUGACUACACUUCUUCUCUCUUCCCCUAUCUCGAUCAUUGGCAAAAACAAUACGGGACGGUGUACACAUACUCGACGGGGAUGAAGCAACACUUGUACGCAAACCACCCUGAGGUGGUGAAAGAGCUUAACCUAGCCAACACUCUUAACCUUGGCAAAGUCUCCUACGUCACCAAACGCCUUAAAUCCAUUCUCGGCUGUGGCGUCAUCACAUCUAAUGGGCCUCAUUGGGCUCAUCAACGCCGUAUCAUCGCCCCUGAGUUCUUCCUCGACAAAGUCAAGGGAAUGGUUGGUUUGGUGGUUGAAUCGGCGAUGCCAAUGCUUAGCAAAUGGGAAGAGAUGGUUAAAAGUAGAGAAGGUGAAACAUUUUGUGACAUAAGAGUGGACGAAGACCUAAGAGCUGUCUCUGCUGAUGUCAUCUCUAGAGCUUGCUUUGGGAGCUCUUUCUCCAAAAGCAAAGAGAUUUUCUCUAAGCUUAGAUGUCUUCAAAAGGCCAUCACUCACAAUAACAUCCUCUUCAGCCUCAAUGGCUUCACUGAUAUUGUGUUCGGGACUAAGAAGCAUGGGAAUGGAAAUAUUGAGGAGCUAGAGAAGCAUAUCGAGUCUUUGAUAUGGGAAACCGUUAAGGAGAGAGAGAAAGAAUGUGUGGGAGAUCACAAGAAGGAUCUAAUGCAAUUGAUACUAGAAGGAGCAAUGAGUAGUUGUGAUGGUAGCUUGGUUGACAAGGCAUCAUCUUACAAAAGUUUUGUGGUGGACAAUUGUAAGAGCAUCUAUUUUGCUGGCCAUGAGACCAGUGCGGUUGCUGUCUCUUGGUGUAUUAUGCUCCUCGCGCUAAACCCUUCUUGGCAAACUCGGAUUCGUGAUGAAGUCCUGAGUUUCUGUAAGAAUGGUAUCCCCGACAUAGAUUCUAUUUCCAGCCUCAAGACGGUGACAAUGGUUAUUCAAGAAACGUUGAGGUUAUAUCCACCAGCAGCAUUUGUGUCAAGAGAAGCACUUGAGGACACAAAACUUGGAAACCUCGUGGUGCCAAAGGGAGUAUGCAUCUGGAUAUUGAUCCCUACGUUGCACAGAGAUCCCGAGAUAUGGGGAGCUGAUGCAAAUGAAUUUAGGCCAGAGAGAUUCAGUGAAGGAGUCUCUAAAGCUUGUAAAUACCCUCAGUCCUUCGUUCCGUUUGGCUUAGGUACAAGGCUGUGUUUAGGAAAAAACUUUGGUAUGAUGGAGCUCAAGGUUCUUGUGUCUCUUAUUGUGUCAAGGUUUAGUUUUACUCUGUCUCCCACAUACCAACACUCUCCAGUGUUCAGAAUGCUUGUUGAGCCUCAACAUGGUGUUGUCAUUAGGGUUAUUCCAAAUUAAAUAAGAUCUUAUGAUA